CCGCCCCUUUAGCCAGAGGGGCGGCAGCCGUCACCUCGUUGUCGCCCCCUUAGAGAUCGGCGGCACUGAACAGUAGACCACCUCCGGCGAGUGGAACAUCGUUCAUUCGACGAUUGAGUCGGCGGAUGAAAAUCAUUAAAUUCCCGCAUUCUCGGAGCGGCUGUAGAGGUCCCGGUAAUUCCUCCCCCCUCGCCGUCGAUCUGUACGUUCACAGCUCGCCACGCGUGCCGCCACCGACGAGGCGCUGCUCGGUACGCGCUCGAUCGGCGCGAAAGGUCGCGUCAGCACUCGACGACAGAAGAAAAAGGCCAAAGAAAUUAAAGAGGAAGAAGGAGAGAGAGACCUUUUUGCGUGGAUUUUUUCUCUCGUCGCGGAAGGCGGAACGAUGCAUGCGAUGAUAAUAAAUAUCAGAUUGGAUAGAUUCCAUCCAUGCGAUGCCCGAGAAAGAUCGAAAGGCUAGAAAGGCAAACGUGUUUCACCGUUCACGUGGCAGACAAAGUCGAAGCAGAAAGCUUUGGACUUCGGAGCGUCUCUCGAAUCCCAAUUCAACCCUGCUGAAAGUGCACCGCCCGCCUCCCUGCGGUUCAGACUCUGCUUUUUCUACCAAGUUCGCUCCUUUGGCUUCGUCUUCGUCUUCGUCUUCUUGCUCGGGGGUUGGAGCUUCCCACGUUGCUGUAAUGGGAUUGAAACUGAGUAAAAGCUCAACUGGGGGCAGCGGGGGAAGCAUUUUCAGAAAGACAGGGGAAAGUGCACAUCGAGGAAAGGCUAAAGUUUAUGGGCGUCAGGCUCAAGAACGCGUGCUUGAGGAAGAAGUCCCAGAAGUAUCAGAGAUCCAAAGGCCAUUCAAAGUUUUUCCAGGCCAGGCAUUUCCAUUAGGGGUAUCGGAAAUUGAUAAUGGAAUCAACUUUGCUAUAUUUUCGCAGAAUGCAACUGCAGUAACGCUUUGCUUAUCACUUCCCCAGAGUGGGAAGGCUGGCAGAGUGGAUCAGGAACUUAUUGAGCUAGCUUUGGAUCCUCACGACAACAAAACUGGAGAUAUUUGGCAUAUAUGCAUUGAGGGUGUGCCUCGUAGCAAUGUCCUUUAUGGCUAUCGCAUGGAUGGUCCCCGAGGUUUUAAUGAAGGACAUCGAUUUGACCGCAAUAUUGUGCUUAUCGAUCCUUAUGCAAAACUCAUAGAAGGUCGUCGGUUUUUCGGAGAUACCAACCAUAAGCUGUCAAAAUUUCUUGGAACUUAUGACUUUGAUAGUUUGCCUUUCGAUUGGGGAGAGGACUACAAGCUUCCUAAUAUACCUGAGAAAGAUCUUGUUAUAUAUGAAAUGAAUGUUCGUGCAUUUACAGCUGACGAGUCUAGUGGGCUAGAUUCUGAUAUACGAGGAAGCUAUCUUGGAGUUAUUGAAAAGAUACCCCAUCUUUUGGAGCUUGGAGUAAAUGCAGUGGAGUUGUUGCCCGUUUUUGAGUUUGAUGAAUUUGAGUUUCAAAGGCGAAGAAAUCCAAGAGAUCACAUGAUUAAUACAUGGGGAUACUCUACCAUAAAUUUCUUCGCUCCCAUGAGUCGUUAUGCUAGUGGUGGUGGUGGACCUGUUAAUGCUUCUCAGGAAUUCAAGGAAAUGAUAAAAGCUUUGCAUGGUGCUGGCAUUGAGGUCAUUCUGGAUGUUGUGUACAAUCACACUAAUGAGGCUGAUGAUAAGAAUCCUUAUACGACUUCUUUUCGUGGGAUUGAUAAUAAGGUUUAUUACAUGUUGGAUUCAAAUGGCCAUUUGCUGAACUUCUCUGGCUGUGGAAACACGUUAAACUGCAAUCAUCCCGUGGUCAUGGAACUAAUUCUUGACAGCCUGAGGCAUUGGGUUACUGAGUAUCACGUGGAUGGAUUCCGAUUUGAUCUUGCAAGUGUCCUUUGUCGAGGAACUGAUGGUUCUCCCCUUAAUGCACCUCCGCUAAUUAGGGCGAUUGCAAAAGAUGCUAUGUUGUCAAGGUGUAAAAUUAUUGCUGAACCAUGGGAUUGUGGAGGCCUUUAUCUCGUUGGGAAGUUCCCAAACUGGGACAGAUGGGCUGAAUGGAAUGGAAAGUAUCGUGACGAUAUAAGACGGUUUAUCAAGGGUGACCCUGGUUUGAAGGGGAGUUUCGCUACUCGACUUGCUGGAUCUGCUGACUUAUAUAAAGUCAAUAAGCGCAAGCCCUAUCAUAGUGUCAAUUUUGUCAUUGCACAUGAUGGAUUUACACUGUAUGAUCUCGUAUCAUAUAACUUUAAGCACAAUGAUGCAAAUGGGGAAGGUGGAAAUGAUGGAAGCAAUGAUAAUUUCAGUUGGAACUGUGGUUUUGAAGGGGAAACCGAUGAUGUAAAAGUCAAGGCCUUGCGUUCCAGACAAAUGAAAAACUUUCAUUUGGCACUUACGGUUUCUCAGGGAGUCCCAAUGAUGCUAAUGGGAGAUGAAUAUGGGCAUUCACGCUAUGGAAAUAACAACAGCUAUGGACAUGAUACUUCUCUUAACCAUUUUCAAUGGACACAGUUGGAUGCAAGAAGGAAAAGCCAUUUCAGGUUCUUCUCGGAGGUGAUCAAAUUCCGGCAAGCACAUCCUCAGUUUUGUCAUGAAGAUUUUCUUAGCAAAAAUGAUGUGACUUGGCAUGAGGACAAUUGGGACAAUCUGGAAAGCAAGUUUCUUGCAUUCACGCUUCAUGAUAAAAAUGGAGGAGACAUCUAUUUAGCCUUUAAUGCUCAUGACUUUUUCGUCCAAGUUGCAAUACCACCUCCACCAAAGAAUAGGGGCUGGUUUCGUGUGGUAGACACGAACCUCAAAUCGCCUGAUGACUUCAUCUCUGAAGGCGUCCCUGGCAUAGGAAGCACAUAUAAUGUAGCUCCAUACUCGUCUAUUCUAUUCAAAGCGAAGCCAUGAUGUGUGAAUUUGCUCAAGAAUGAGUACAUUUUCUUCUUUUCCCUAUGGAGUGAAGCGAGAGUGUUGGAGCAUGGAGGUCUGCAAUCCUACCGCGUCUGUCAUAACUCAAAAGUUCUGUCCGGAUUUGUAGAGUACAAUGUGAUUCAGCCGGUACUUGGGUAUGAGAUACAAUGUCAGUUCUGAUAUGUAGUAAUGAUGUACGGUGUACACUACUUACAAGUAAAGCAGAAUUCUGCUGUCGCCACCGCGGGGUGGGUAAAAUAUAUAUCUUAAGGAUUGUUGAGAGUGGGAUUUGAACCCACGCCCUUUCGGACCAGAACCUUAAUCUGGCGCCUUAGACCAACUCAGCCAUCUCAACUUGUUUGUUGUUUAUGCUGGUAAUUUGAAUAAGAGUUAAGAGUAAAAAAAUUGUUGAUUAGA